AUGCCAAGACGGAAGAAAGAUGUGCUAGACCAGCUUUGCAGCUCUAUGGAGAUCUUCAUGUGCGGUUCUGAGGAUUUCAACAAGUUCCGUUCGAGAGCAACAGGUACUGCAACUGCGAAACCUGCCAGUGAAUCGUCUCCAGCAGACGCAGCAGACGCAGAACAAGGUUCAGCCCCGGAUGUAAAACCUUCAGGCAAAAAAGUUGCGCCCAAGAAAGUUGUGAUAAUGACACCAACUGACGACGAUGACAUUCUUGAGGUGGAGAGGGACCCUGUGUCUGUGAGUAUUCGCAAGGCUUCUCGAGAACAACCUACCCAUUUGGAAUUGGUUUCCUUCUACGAGAAAUCUGGUAUCUACAUUAAGACUAUCAAGCCAGAAAGUAAAUUCCAUGGAACGAAAAUCGAAGCUGGCAUGAAACUUAUCCGAAUUAAUGGAAUGGAAUGUCCAGCAACUGUGAAGGAAACAUUCGAGUACACGGCGGCUGCAUAUGAUGUGCUUACCGUUACUGCCGUCGUGGUGGAGAGUCAAUACGGAGAGGAAGAUUUUAUGUUCAAGGAAAUUAAGCUGGAUGAUGAUGACGGGAAGAACCUUGUUCAAGCUGAAGGAGAAAAAGAAGAGAAGGCUCCUUCUCCAACCCGUGUGUCAACUGAUUGGUUUGGUGGUUACCUUGGGAAGAAAGGUAAAACUGAAGAGAAGAAGGCGGAAGAAAGCAGAAUUGAACGAAAGGAACGGAUCAAGAAUGUGAAGCAGACCACUGUGUCGACGGAACGAGAUAGGAUAGGUCUUGGAUUUGCUGACCGUGUGCUCAAGAAUUUGGGUGUGCUCGAGCAGGACGAAGAAGAUAAUGAUUCUUUGGAUGACUCUACCUACAAGAGUGCUCCAACUCUUGAUGACACUACAUACAAGAGUUCUCCAACCUUUGAUGACAAUACUUACAAUGAUACACCCACUGUAGAUGACGAUGACUACACCCUGUCAACCACUGGUGGCACCACAAUCAUCGAUUCCUCACCUAUCAUUGCCAAGAUAUUCAAAAAGACCAAACAAGACAACUUGGGUCUCCACUUUGUAUCGUUCAAGAAAAAGCAGGGUAUCUAUGUGUACCGGAUUCACGAAGAGUCAAGAUUCCUUUCCACCAAACUGGAACCUGGAAUGAAGCUCUUGGCCAUCAAUGAUCAACCAUGCCCUGCCACAGUUGCUGAAACACUUGCGUUGGUUCAAAACAUUGAAGGCGAUUUGUCCAUCAGAGCUCAUCACCCUUCUGUCGAGGAUGUGUACAUUCCAGAACCACCGACAAAGACGGUUACAGCACAGCAAAAGGUUGAUGAUUUGACCCGAACUCAAGCGGUCCCUGUUUUGGCUGAUGAUGAUGAUGGUGAACAAAAGGGUGAACAAAAGACUCCAAAUGAAAAAGAGGAAGCUACAUCCAAAGGAGACGAAGAUGCCAAUGUUGUCGUUGGGCAACCCAAGGAAGUGCAAAAUUCUAUUACCGAUGCGGUGGAAGAUGGAGAGAAAGAGGACGAUGAGAAAGAAGCCGAAGCAGAAAAGGUUGAUGAAACUGAGGACAAUAACGAGGAAGAUGACAAUGAAUCAUCUACUUAUGAAUCUCUUCCGCCACCAAAGAACGAACCCUGA